UACAAUCAUUUUUAAAAGAAUAAAAAUAAAGUGUUUUGCUCCAGGGACGCCUGGGUGGCUCAGCGGUUGAGCAUCUGCCUUUGGCUCUGGUCAUGAUCCUGGGGUUCCGGGGUCAAGUCCCCCAUAGGGCUCCCAGAAGUGAGCCUGCUUCCCUGCCUGUGUCCCUGCUACUUUCUCUGUGUCUCUCAUGAAUAAAUAAAUCUUUCCAAAAAAAAAAGUGUUUUGCUCCAGUAAAUGUCAGCAAUUGUUGCUGGCACGCAGCCGCAGCCCUAGGAUCAGAGCAUGUGCCUGGUGAUCUCAGAGCUCCGUCUUCCCUGCUGGUGGCCCUGCCUGGACGCCACUCCCUCGGACCCUCUCUGCAGCCUGCAGUGGCCUGCCAGAGAGCUCACAAGACUUAGCCACACCCCUAGCCCACCCCACUAAUAAACAGCUGCCUAGCCUGCCCCACUGUCCUCUAGCACUUUCCAGUCCUCUGGAGUCAGUGGCUGCUGCACCAUGCAGUCUCUAGGCUUUGCACUUGCCUUCCUCACCGUGCCAAUGGUGGUGUGCGGGGACUCAGAGGGCACCUGGUGCUACGACUCCCAGGACCCGAAGUGUGGCCCCACCCACUGGAAGGAGAUGGCCCCUGCCUGUGGGGGCCCAGCCCAAUCCCCCAUCAACAUUGACCUUCACCUGGUCCAGCAGGACCCUGCCCUGGGACCCUUUAUCUUCCAAGGCUACCACUCAGCACCUCCAGGCCCAUGGACACUGGAGAAUGAUGGCCAUACAGUACUGCUCCGCAUGGACACUGACCCGCAGAGCCGCCUGGAGAUUCGGGGCGCCGGGCUGCCGCUGCCUGCCUACCGUGCCCUGCAGCUUCACUUCCACUGGGGGGGCCCUGGGCGAGCAGGCUCAGAGCACAGUGUGGAUGGGCAGCGCUACCCCAUGGAGAUGCACGUGGUCCACAUGAACACGAGGUAUCAGAGCAUAGAAGAGGCGCGAAGUCACCCUGAUGGGCUGGCAGUGCUGGCGGUGCUGUUGGCAGAGCGGGACACGGACAACGCCAACUUCUCCGCGCUUGUGUCGGGCCUGAAGAACGUGUCUGAGCGCGGGGUCCCGGCGAAUCUGGCACCCACCUUCCCGCUGGCCUCGCUGCUGCCCGGCGCCUCCGGCCUCUCCCGCUACUACCGCUACUCGGGGUCGCUGACCACGCCCGGCUGCCAGCCCGCGGUGCUCUGGACGCUCUUCGCCGACGCGGUCCCCAUCGGGCGCGCGCAGGUGGCCCAGUUCCAGACUGUGCCCCGGGCCGGGCUCCCCGGCUCGCGCCCCGCACCGCUCACCGACAACUUCCGCCCGCAGCAGCCUCUCGGGGGGCGCAGGGUCUCGGCGUCUCCGGGCGCCUCCAUCCGCGCCGCAGCCUCGGCCCCCGCCCCGCACCUGGCCCCUGUGCGCGGGGCUCUGCUGGGCCUAGGGCUCCGCCUGUGGCUCUGGAGGAGCCCCUAGGACCCAGCUCGACCCCUUCCCGCAAUAAA